GAUUUGCUUUAUCUAAUAAGGAAAAUAUGCAUACAAUAAGACUUGCUGUUGAGGCAAUAAAGGCAAAUAUACCUUGUCGAAAUGUAGAUUUAAUGGACAAACAUCGACCAACAAAGGCUGCAUUGAAACCUAUUAUUCGUGAUACAAUCCUUUGUUGGUUCCAUAUAAUGCAGACUUUUAGGAAUCAUUUUCGAACACAAAAAAUUGAUUGGAGUCUACAUUAUCCAAUAGCAUUGGCAUUUAAGAUUGUAGGCCGAUGUAGAAGUGUAUUCGAAGCAAAAGAAAUGGCUAUUGAAUAUAAGAAUGGUGGGCGUUUACCAAAUUAUGAAGAUAGAACUAAUGUAAGGCCAUGGACCACUAAUAAUUUUACUGAACGAAUGAACAGAACUAUUGAGGAGCGAUAUUCGGGUACUCAAACAGUGUUAAGUUUUAUUGAACGACUUUAUGGUAUUAAAGUUGUUCGUUCAAACCUUACAAAUAAUUGUGAUCAACCACAACCAGAUAUAGUGCGUCGUAUUAACCAAGGAAGAUUGAAAGUGCUACAAAACUAUGUUAUUGAAGUUCCAGACAAGCAAAAUUUAUUUUAUGUACGUAUGAGCAAUUCACAGCAAAAUACUUUUCGAUCUCCAUAUAUAGCAGAUAAAAUUAAGUUUGAAGAUAAUGAAGCUCAAGGGAUAUCAAAGAUGAUUAAAAAGCUUGCGGCAAAGCAUAUAGCUCCAGUAUAUGCUGAUUACUACUUAGUUAAUUAUAUUACAGGUGAAUGCACUUGCCUUAAUUUUAUCUGGCAUGGAUCAUUUCAUAAUUUCUGUAAGCAUGGUUAUGCGGCACGUGAAUAUGUAUUUAUAAAAUCGAAUGAAAAAUCAGUUGAUCAAAUAAAAAAUGAGCUAGUUCAAUAUUUUCGAAAUAAAGAACGAACAAUAUCACCUAAUAUGAAAAAUAGAGUAAUCUAUAAUGGAACUAAUGAAGAAGCUUUUGCGGAAAUUUUGCGUGAGCAUCAAAAAAAUGGAGAUAAUAUUUUUUUUCUAACUGUGAAGCAAAUUAAUGAAAAUGAUCCUUAUAGACCUAGUGAACUUCCAAAACGAAAACAUACUACUGUUGGCUUGUCAAAAGUUAAUAUCGAAACAAAGAAUCAAAUAGCUAUUGAAAAUAAAGCUUUAAAUAAUCAUCACGAUACUUAUACAUUUAAUGAAGAUAUUAGCACAAUUACUUUAAAUAAUAGUGAAACCAAUCUUGAUAAUUCGAAUAAGUUAUCCAUUAUAAUGGAAGAUUGUAAUGAUCAAGAUUCAAUGCUAACGCCAAGCUCUAGUAAUAAUAUUUCAGAAUCAGCGUUCACUUCCUCUAUUCAACCCAAAUCAAGGAAUUCGAAUUUACAGAAUAAAAAUACUGAAAUUGUUUUGUCGCUGCCACCACUAAGAAGAAGAAAAAUUGAUAAUCCUGCUUUGGAAGAGCUUUUUGAUAAGCAAGGUAUAGGUUGGAAUCGAAAGGAAUUUGCCAAGGAAUGUCAAGUUCAAAAUAUCCGUCUAGAUUAUGAUGAUAUUAUUAAUACAACCAA